UUACUAACCGAAUCAACUAGGUGGUUAUUAUAUUUACAAGGAGAUGGGAUUGAAACAAAUAAAUCUGUAAAAGUUAUGUUUAAGAAUUUAAUAGAAAAUAAAGGCAAGCAUUUUGCUCAUGCGUUAUGGAUAACCUUAUUUGGUGCAUUCAUGUUUCAUUUGAUAGCUGUCGUUUUUGGCGCUCCUGUGAUUGAUGAUGUUCAAAAUACUUGGUUAUUUGCGCUUUAUAUAUCGCUUUUGGCAAUCUAUCCUCCUGCCUGUGCCUUCAAAAAUCAAGGACCUAUUUGGGCACGGGUGUUCUCUGAUGGAAGCCCGGAAAGUAUUCCCGAAAAAUUAAUUUAUUAUACAACAGUAGCUACAGUUGUUGGUGCUUGGUUAGGUGCUAUUGUUAUUCCUCUGGACUGGGACAGACCUUGGCAGGUGUGGCCAAUUCCUUGUGUAAUUGGAGGAUUUGUUGGACAUGGAAUUGGAAGUAUUAUAGCGUUAUCGAUGUGUUAUUUUAAUGAUGAUAAUACUGUACAAAAAAAGCGAGAAUAA